GUUUGCUUCCUGAUCCUUAUCUAAACACAGACGGAACAGCAGCCGGAGCUGCGGCCCAAUGCCAAAUAACAGUGUAUACACACGGAGAAAUUGCACUCGAUUUUGACUGUGCGACUGGAGACACUCGAGGUCAAACUUCACAUAUCGGUCCUCCUUAUUUCAAGCGAAUGGUUUUAAGUCUUUGAGUGAGCUGAAUAACUAGUCGGAGGGGAUGGCGGAAGGAGGUUUUGACCCAUGUGAGUGCAUUUGCUCUCAUAACCAUGCUAUGAGGAGGCUCAUUAACCUGCUGAGGCAAUCCCAGUCCUAUUGCACAGACACAGAGUGCCUUCAGGAGAUGCCAGGACCCAAUUCCUCAGUAGAAGGGGACAUCACUAUGCCCAUGAUUAUUAUGGGAUGGCUAGUUCUGGCUCUUGUGCUUUUUCUGUUCCGCCCUGCCAGUUUAAGGGGCCCUACAGCCAGCAGCAAGCCCACUAGUCCACAUGGUAAUCAUGGCAGAGAGCCACCAGCCCCACCAGUGGACUAGAUGAUUACCUCUUGCAGACGAUCUGAUGUUACGACCCAGGUUCCCCACAUCAUCUACUAUGGCCACUGUUAGUUUCCCCAAUCAUCUUUACAUGUUUCAGAUUUUGGAUUAUUUCAUCUAAUAACAGGGCACGUUUCUACAAUGUUGAAAACAAAGCAGCAAAACAUAAACAGAAAAUAAAAUGUGGAUUUAUGAAUUUAUUGAAGAUCAGUAGCAAGUGGUAAAAAUAUAAAAUAUUAUAUUGUGAUAAGUAUCUUAGUUGUCGUCAUCUUACUCUUUCAUACUAUAUUUUGGAGAGAAUUAUUGGGUAUUUAGCAAGUCGUUUUAAGUGAUACAAUGAAUAUUAGCCUUUCUAAUAAAUUAUUAUCUAAUACUUACAAAAUUAUAUAUAUUUAGAAAAUGUAUAUUAAGUAUGAUCAAGAGUAGCCUAGAUAACAUCAAGAGUUUUAAAUGCGUCAUUAUUAUAGGUGGAGAGGAUGUUUCUGGUCUUAUGGUAGCUCAUACAUUCCUAACCUAUGACAUCACAGAGAUGUGACGUCAUGGAUAUGUUUAAAAGUACGAAGAUUGACUCUGCAUGACAUCAUACUAAAACAGACAUAUUUUAAAUGAUUCAUACAUUUGAGGUUGACUAUUACCACGAAGAAACUAUGAGAAUUACAUGCAAGAGUAAAUCAUAAAAUGGGUGUAUUUCAGGAUUUACUUUUUUCUCCUCACUGUUGUCAUGGUUAUAUGAAUGUUGUGACUGUCUGGGUGUUACUGUCAGAUAGCUAAUCCAAGGGCAUUAUUUACAGACAUUUUAACAUGCCUCAGACUAUGUUAAUGUAUUAUCUCUCUCUAUAUAUUAAUUUUGACAAAACAGUGCCAUUAGAAAAGUGCCAUUUUCAACAGAGUUUGUUGUAUUUGGCCAUUAAUCGGCCUGUUUAUGUAGUUACAGCUAAUUAAGCAAUCAAUGGGGGAUUUUGUCACAUUUCAGUGAUUGAAAAAAAGAUUAUCUUCAGACUUUCAAAAUGUAUUUUUGAAAAAUGAGAUUUUCUCUUUUAGGUCAUGCUAUGAUGUAAACUUAUCAACUGCACUUUAGAUGUGGUAACCUUAAAAUUGUGUUUAUAGAAAAAGUGAAGGUCCACAAAAAACACCAAAGAUAAUGUAAAUAAUAAAUCAGCUCAGAUUAAAAUGUGGUAUAAUUUAAUAAUACACUGUCCCUCAGGCCUGUACUUGUCAUUCUGUCUGUAUGACUGUGUACAUUAUAAGGGCUUGAACUAUGCACUUCAUGUUUCUUCAAAUAAAUAUGAAAAGAAAAA